GGAGCGGUGAGCGGGACGGACCCGGGGUCACGUGGUCAGCGGUAAUGGCGGCUCCGGCUGGAAACGUGUGAGAGGGAGAAGGAGAAGGAGGAGGAGGAGGAGGAGGGCGGACACCGGACACCGGACACCGGACACUCCAACAACAACCACCGCCACCGCGACAGCGACAGCGACAAUGGGGAAACACGGAAGGACCAAGGCCCAGAAGAGAACUCGUGAGAUUGCGAUCCAGCGCGCUCAGGAGGAAUUCGCCAGUGUCCCUCACACCUUCAUCUUCAGCCGAGGACAAGUGGGUCUGAAUGUUCACCAGCUGAUCACUGACCUCAGAAGGAUCAUGGAGCCUUAUACCGCCCGGAACCUGAAGGUACAGAAGAAGAACUCGCUGAAGGAUUUUGUCUCUGUGGCUGGACCACUCAGCGUGACGCAUUUUUUAGUUUUUACCAAAUCAUCGACAAGUGUGAACUUUAAAGUUGCCCGUUUGCCCAGAGGCCCCACGCUCACGUUCAGAGUUCACCAGUAUUGCCUGGUGAAGGAUGUAGUCUCCUCCCUGAAGAGACACCGGAUGCAUGAGCAGCAGUUCCUCCAUCAUGCGUUGUUGGUGCUGAGUAACUUUGGGGGAGAUGGAAUGCACAUUAAGCUGAUGGCCACUAUCUUCCAGAGUAUGUUCCCCUCCAUCAACGUCUAUAAGGUCAGCCUGAACACGGUUAAACGGUGUGUUCUGAUUAAUUACAACUCCAGUACACAGAGGGUCGACAUCAGGCACUACUCCAUUAAAGUGAUUCCUGUCGGGAUGAGCCGAGGAAUGAAGAAGCUGCUUCAGGAAAAAUUCCCGAGCAUGAGCAGGUUUGAGGAUAUCAGUGAGAUGCUGAUCAAGGGAGCCAAUCUGUCUGAGAGUGAAGCUGAGCCGGACGGAGAGCACAACAUUACGGAGCUGCCACAGGCCUGUGCAGGUCGGGGGAACCUGAAGACUCAGCAGAGUGCCAUUCGACUGACUGAGAUUGGCCCUCGACUGAGCCUGGAGUUGGUGAAGAUUCAGGAGGGGAUGUGUGAUGGACAAGUGAUGUAUCACUCAUUCAUUGAAAAGACCGAGGAGGAGCUGCAGGCAGCGCUUCAGCAGCAAGAGGAACGACAGAAACUGAAAGAGGAAAGACGCCGAAAACAAGAGGGAGACGUUCGCCGUAAACAGAGGGAGCGUGAGCUGCACAGGAAAAGAAGUCUGGCUGGAAUGAAGAAGAAUGCGGAGGGUGCCCAAGAUGACGAGGAGGUUGAGGAUCCGUGUACCGAGGAGCCAGGAGUUCAGAGUGACCAGUCUAACAAUGACUCAGACCGAGAGUAUUAUCGCCAGGAAGUCGGAGUUGAACCAGAUGAUGACCUAUUUCCAGGAGCUUUGCAGGGAAAAAGGAAGAGGAGGAACAACUCCCCGCGCUCGGUCAGGAAGCGGGCAAAGGAUCCCGAGAAAGUAGCCAGCAAGAGGCCCACCAGCCCAGACUCGGGCCGAACCAAAAAGAGGAGGCUACAAGGGAGGAAACUCCGACUUGUUGGGUCUCGCCUGAUCCACUCCAAAUUUAGGGGCUCCGUGCGCAAGAAUAAAGGUCAUCAAGGUCAGAGGUCCAAGGCCAAGGGUCAACCUCCGAGGAAAGGCAAAAUGAGACAAGUGGAACUGGCGGAGGGAGUGAAAAUGUCAACCAAUGCUUCAUUUGCUGAUGUCCAGAAGGCCUUACUGCCUCCAAUAUUCAGCAUUGAGUUCAUCUGGGCUUUUAUCGCCAACUCUCUGGCUAUCUGGUUCUUCCUGAGCAAGGUUAAGACCUGGCACACGGGCAUCAUCUUCGCCUUUACCCUCGCAGUGAAUGACCUGGUGUACAUCACCACCUUGCCUCUUCUGAUCGUUUAUUACUCCAACGAUAAGGACUGGAUCUUUGGGCAGGCACUUUGUAAGAUCGAGCGCUUCCUGUUCACCUGUAACCUGUACGGGAGUAUGUUCCUGAUCACCUGUAUCAGCGUUAACCGCUACCUGGGGAUUGUUCACCCCCUGUUUACCCACAAGUACAUCCAGCCCAAACACGCCUGGUUGGUCAGUCUGCUCAGCUGGACUCUCUCCAUCAUCAUCACCUCCCCGACAUUUGUCUUCUCUGAAGUGGAAACGGCCAGGAACAGAAGCGAGUGUUUGGGCUCCUCCAACGAUGAGCUGCUCCCACGGUAUUUCUCCUACAGCCUGUUCCUUGCUGUUUUCGGCUGUGCCUUCCCCUUUGCAGUGACUGCCUUCUCCUACGUUUGUAUAUUCUGGAAGGUGCACAGCAGUCAGACAGUGACUGGCUCAGAGAGGAGGCAGGUAGCUCUGCUGGUCUGUGCUGUCAUUGUGUUGUACAUUGUAUCCUUCAUCCCCUUCACCAUCCUGAGAAACAUUAACCUAUACCGCCGCUUACACGACCUGGACAAGGGGAGGCCCAGUGACAUAUACACUGUCUACCAGGUGAGCAAGUGUCUGCUCACUCUCACCAUGUGUAUCCACCCCCUGGUGUACGCUGCCAUCCUCAACAAUGUCAAGGAGUUGUGUCAGAGGUGCACCCACAGCAUUGUCAGUACAGAGGUAACACAGUGUUAACCACCUCCUAUUCAUGUCCCCCCACUGCCUGCCCACUUACCCACAACUCAGGAGGGUCAGGGAAUACUGCCCACUUGCCCUGGAUGAGCAACGACACUCGAGGAGCUCAACACCAUCCAGGACAAAGCAGCCCCGUUAAUUGCGUCCACUCCCUCUGCCUCUCCACGCCCCCACCCCCACCCCCGAUGCUCAGUAGCAGCAGUGUGUACCACCUACAUGAUGCUCUGUAGACAUGCCCCAAAGAUCCUGUGAUGCUAGAGGGCAUCAACCACCCAGAGACACCUUGGAAAUGCCGUAAAACUUGCAGCAGUUCAAGAAGCAACUGACCCCCACCUCCUCCAGGCCAGAUAGCAAUGGGCUAUAAACACUGGCCCAGCCAGUGAUACCUGGACACCAUGGUGAAUGAAAAUACAAAUUCUUGGGAUGUUAGGGGGUGGACCUUUAUUAAACAGCCCUCCUUGUCCUGGAUUCAUGUGGGUGGUUCACUCAGUCAUUAACUCAUCUCAUCUCAACACGAUCUGGCGAGAUAGCUCUCUAAGUCCGUAACACCUUUACAGUCUCCCCAUGAUUACCCAGGUUGUAACAAUGUUUAAAUAAAGGAUUUUUAAAAUGCUCUCAAUCGAUCCUUUCCAUCACGUCUCAACAUGACACAAAUUGUACAGAUAUUUACCUGAAAUUCGACCCAACCUCACAUUGUUACAUUGCUGAUUGAAUACAGUCUUAAUAAAAUAUG